AGAAAGCGGAAAAUUCAAUACAAUAUCGACCGUAAGAGAUCUCUCUAAUCGUGAAAAUGUAUUUAAUAAUCGAAUAAAUAAAUAUAACAAUGAAUAAAAAGUAGGUAAAUAAAGUACAAUAUAUAUGAAAAAGCUAAGAAAAUAUAUGUUAAAACGAACUACUUUUUUUGUACUUUCGAGAUAUGCGAGAAUUGUAUCGAGGUACAAAUACAUAGUGUGCAUCUAUUCGUAUUUUGUCAGUAGCAACGGUUAGCAACGAGCACCGACGACGCUUCGUUUCAGAAAGAGAAUGCGGAUGUUCAAAGAGGAAUAUAACGAAACAGAAGAAAAUUUAAAUAUCUCUAAGAUGCGUCCUGAUUCGCGUAGCGUCUCGUUCACGUUCCAUCGUGAAGUUUUAAGUGUCAGAAAUUCACCGGAAUUGAUACGUACUUCCAAAAAUUUAAGACAACGUCUUCAAGAUCGUUUCGACAAAGAAAAAUCUAAUGAGUCUUCCAAACAGAAAGCUACUAAAGAGAAAGAUAUCACGGAACGUGGUUGGAACAAUUUGAGUCUUGGAAAUGUAUCUGCUGAUUCUAGACGUGCUCUACGAAAUGGAGCAGAAAAAUUAUCCAAAACCAUAUCAACAGUAAGAACAACGUUUGGUACAAUUUCACAGAAAUUUAGAAGCUCAACACGAAGGCGUCAGAGAUUGGAAGAACAACAAUCUCCUGGCAGCAAUAAUAAAAUACAAACUCCUCAAUCACGCUCACGUCAAUUAUUGGGACGUACACCAACUAAAUUAUACAGUCCUUUUGGUAUUGAAUCUCCUAAGCGUGGUUGGAAUAAAGAGAAUGAUGUUACGACGGUACAAGAGUCACCAGAAAAUCAUUCACGUCAAGUACAAUGCAGGCCCUUCAGCUUUGUAAGAGCCAAAGGAUUCUCUGUGCUAAGAUAAAGCAUUAUUUUUGGGGCUCUUGUGUUAUAAUUUCUUUGUCUUCUAAGAAAUACAUCAAGAAACGCACAUUUAGUACAACUAAGCACUUAAUUUAUUUUAUUCUAAUGAAUAACGAUGCAGCUAUUUAUCUAUUCUAUCAUUAUGCUAAUAAUCAUUUUACAAUGGGAAUUCAUAUUAUUUAAUACCUA